CUUCAUUUUGGUGUCAAUGAGGUAGACAAAUCAAGACAAGAAAUACUACAAUUAUGCUUACCUGACGCGUAAAACCGCCACAGCAGACCAUAUUUCACGUCGGCCUGGAGGCCGUUCGUUUGUAAACAUGGAGGAUGCCGAACAAGUAAACCAUAAAACUCCAGGCAUUUUGUGCCUCCCACACGAAAUACUGGAGCUGAUAUUCACUUCGGAUUCAUUGGACUGCAAGGAUAUAUGCAGAGUUUCAAAUUCCUGCUCCCAACUUAGCCAUGCUGCCAACAGUAACGAAGUCUGGAGGCAAAAACUUUUGCAGAGAUACCCUCGACUCUAUAGGCAGUUUCCAAAGCAUGAUAAAGCCAUCGGCUGGAGGAAACAGAACCAGCAACGCCAUGAAUGUACGAAGGAAGUGUGGAAACAGACAGAAAGACUUUCGCAAAAGUUCUAUAAGAAGCUUGAAAUAUCAAAUGAAGGAUUUGGAGACUACAUGAAGAUGGUUGAAGAUUGUGAAUAUGGCCUAUCCUUUAUCAUUGAUGAAUUGAUAUGUAUUAUCAAUGCCAACGAGAAGCACAAGGAUCUCACCGUCAAAUACUAUGCAAAGAAAGCCAUUCGAUUUUUCCAACCUUUACACCUGAAGAAUGAAUGGAAGACUUUUCUGGCCUUGCCAAUUCACGAGCAAACUCUCGAAAAAGGGGCUGUUUUGAUUGCUCAGUGGUGCCAGCCAACUGCUGACAUAGUGUUGGAGGACAUUGUGUCUCAAAUAGAUGCCAUCUCGGACAGGGUGAGACAGGUGGUGUUUGAGAAACACCCCCAUCAUCCACUGGUGAAUGGAAUUGAUCAGAAUACAAAUGGACUAACAGAAUCUUUGUGGACGAGUCUUCAGUGCAGGAAUAUUUUAGAUGCUACCAACCAUGUCCUUUUCAAAGAUAUGGGCUUUACUGCGUGUGACAACUCAGAUGAUGAGGAACAGUAUUAUGAUGAAAGGAACUCUUUCAUACAUGAGGUUCUCUUCCGAAAACGUGGCAUCCCGAUUACCAUGUGUGUUUUGUACUCCUGCGUCACAAGGAGACUUGGUGUCGUCUGCCAACUAGUCAGUUUUCCUAGUCAUUUUCUGCUGAGGUGGAGAGAGCAUCCAGAGCUUGAACCAGAACAGCAAUAUACAUUCAUUGAUGUGUAUGGCGGGGGAAAGUUCCUCAACAGAGAUAUGUGUAAAAACAUACUUGUUGGCUCUUUGAUAUCUCAGGUUUACUUGUCUGAUGGUGUCUAUGAGCCAAUUAAACCAGCACAGGUAUUCGAAAGAAUGGCCCGGAAUCUCGUGAAUAUUGGUCGCCACCACUCUCAAAUCGGAAGUGAACUAGCCGCUCUCCGGAGCACCAUCGAGUUGUUCCUUGCCAUCAAACCUGGCGACAUAGAGCACUGGCUCUUGUUAGCCAGGCUCUAUCUCUACCUUGAUAUUAACCUGACAGAGGUUGGCGACAUGUUCCAGCAUAUUGAAGGCCAAGACCCAGUGAGAUUUGGCAUCAUUGCCAGUCUAUCAGAGCGGGCACAGACACGUCUGGAAACACUGCGGCAAGAAGGGGUCAGACCUGAACCUAUCGUACCUAAUCAUCGAACUGCUGGCAGAUCUAAAGUUGAAUAUUCUGUUGGUAUGAUCCUGAAACACAGAAGAUAUCAUUAUAAAUGUGUGAUCUCUGGUUGGGACGAGACUUGCAAGGCCAGUCAGGAAUGGAUCCUUCAAAUGGGGGUUAAUAACUUGCCCAAGAAACACCACCAGCCGUUCUACAAUGUUUUGGCUGAGGACUGCUCAACAAGAUAUGCUGCUCAAGAAAAUCUCGAAUACGCACCGGAGCCAAGUGACUCUCCUCAUCCUGAAAUUGGGAAGUAUUUCUGUGAAUUUAUGGGGACACACUAUAGACCGAAUGAUGAGAAGAUGCAGGAGUAUCCAGACGAUUAUGCAAUAACAUUAAAAAAUGCUGAGGAACGGUAUCCAGGGUACAUCGGGGCUGGGGAUGGCUCAUGAACAAUAUGUAUCAAGAAAGUUUUAGCAGUGUCUUGAGUGUUAGCACCGCUGAGGCUACAAACUUUGAUGUACCGGAGUGAUGAAUUGAUGAGUCCCACCACGAUAUGACAGGACUCUUGCACAGUUUCGAUGUACUGUGAGAUUGGAUUAACGCGGCCAAUCUGACCUGCCUGGCUUGUGCCUGUAGUCUCCCUUAUAUGCUGCAACUACGGAACAUGUUUUUUUUCUGUGCCAGAUCAUUUUGGGUGAAUGGAAGUCUUCAAAACUUCGAAUAAGCAAUGAUAAUGUACCCCAAAAUGCAUCCUACAUUGUUGUAGCCUGUGAUUAGCUAUUCAGCAUUUUCAAUGUGAAAAAUGUAAACGAUUGUGUACAAAAGCCAUAUUGAUUUGAUUGUCUCGAAAUGUUAUGCAUUUCGAAUAUUGGAUAUUGGUAUGUAUAUAUUUUUUUCAUUGAUGUUUUUGUAUUUUCAGUUUUAAUGUAUAAAUCUUAACUUUAUGGUUAUUUAUUUUGAGGCAAGUACGGUAUACUUUAGUUCCUGAGUGUAGGCCACCAUUUCGUCACACUCGGGAUAUUUAGUAUAGGCCAGACCUUAGAGCUUGCCGAGUAAGGAUUUGCCAGUCACAAUUUCCAUAAAUCUGCCACUUUUUUACCAAGUUGAUAUAUAAUUUGAGAUGCUUUAGUCCAUGUUUAGACUCCAAAUGUAAUUCUUGUCUACCGGUACAUGUAAAUGUUGUACAUAUUAAGUGGUAAAAUUGAAAAAUUGAAUCUCCUCUUUGCAGUCUUUCUA